AGGAAGGCUGCCUCGCCGGCGCUGUGUGGUCUCCUCCAAGCGAGAGUUGCAGGCACGAGAACUACUUGCUUGGAGAAGAAGAGGAGGAAUUCGUUGUCUGCAGCCACAAGAAAAGCAGUUUUUUCAGGUGCUGACAGCCAACCACCAUCAUCUGAGGAAGGUGAAUUUGGCAAAUGACAUGCAGAUUCUCCAAGACAGAAUAAUUGCAGAAAAUCUUCAAAGGACCCCAUCUGCAGAUGUCCUGAAUACCUCCGAGUAUCGCAAUUGAGUAUUCAACCAGGAUACCUAAUUCAAGAUCUGCGGGAACCAGGAGACAGACGUUUUGUCCGUUUAGCGACAUUGGAGCAAAGCACAAUGAAGCGUUCUUGCUGUGCUCUGGUUUUGGCUGUCCUGGGCACACAGCUGCUGGGGAGCCUCGGUUCAACCAUCAGAUCCCCGAGGUUCAGAGGCCGGAUACAGCAGGAGCGAAAAAACAUCCGAGCCAACAUCAUUCUUGUCCUCACGGAUGACCAGGACGUGGAGUUGGGGUCCCUGCAAGUCAUGAACAAAACCAGAAAGAUUAUGGAGCGUGAGGGGGCCACCUUCACCAACGCCUUCGUGACGACGCCCAUGUGCUGCCCCUCCCGCUCCUCCAUGCUCACGGGCAAGUACGUUCACAACCACAACAUCUACACCAACAACGAGAACUGCUCUUCCCCCUCCUGGCAGGCCGUGCAUGAGCCGCGGACUUUUGCUGUCUAUCUGAACAGCACCGGCUACAGAACAGCCUUUUUUGGAAAAUACCUCAAUGAAUAUAAUGGCAGCUACAUCCCUCCUGGGUGGCGAGAAUGGCUUGGAUUAAUCAAGAAUUCUCGUUUCUAUAAUUACACUGUUUGUCGCAACGGCAUCAAAGAAAAGCAUGGAUUUGAUUAUGCGAAGGACUACUUCACAGACUUAAUCACUAACGAGAGCAUUAAUUACUUCAAAAUGUCUAAGAGAAUGUAUCCCCAUAGGCCCGUUUUGAUGGUGAUCAGCCACGCGGCACCCCACGGCCCCGAGGACUCAGCCCCACAGUUUUCAAAACUGUACCCCAAUGCUUCCCAACACAUAACUCCUAGUUAUAACUAUGCACCAAAUAUGGACAAACACUGGAUAAUGCAGUACACGGGACCCAUGCUGCCCAUCCACAUGGAAUUUACAAACGUUCUACAUCGCAAACGGCUUCAGACUUUGAUGUCAGUGGAUGAUUCUGUGGAAAGGCUGUAUAAUAUGCUUGUGGAAACGGGGGAGCUGGAGAACACUUACAUCAUCUACACUGCUGACCACGGUUACCAUAUCGGGCAGUUUGGACUGGUCAAGGGGAAAUCCAUGCCAUAUGACUUUGAUAUCCGUGUGCCUUUCUUUAUUCGUGGUCCAAGUGUAGAGCCAGGAUCGAUAGUACCACAGAUUGUUCUAAACAUUGACCUGGCCCCUACCAUCCUGGACAUUGCUGGGCUCGACGCACCUCCUGACAUAGACGGCAAGUCUGUCCUCAAACUCCUGGACCAGGAAAAGCCAGGUAACAGGUUUCGAACAAACAAGAAGGCCAAAAUUUGGCGUGAUACAUUCCUUGUGGAAAGAGGGAAAUUUCUACGUAAGAAGGAAGAAUCCAACAAGAAUAUCCAACAGUCAAAUCACUUGCCCAAAUAUGAGAGGGUCAAAGAACUGUGCCAGCAGGCCAGGUACCAGACAGCCUGUGAACAACCUGAGCAGAAGUGGCGGUGUGUCGAGGACGCGUCCGGCAAGCUUCGGAUUCACAAGUGCAAGGGGUCUGGUGACCUGCUUGCUGUCCGGCACAGCACGAGGCCCCUCUUCUCUCACAGCUUCCACGACAAGGACAAAGAAUGCAAUUGUGGAGAUGCCGGUAAUCGGGCCAGCAGAAGCCAGAGAAAGAGUCAGAGGCAGUACCUAAGGAACCAGGGGACCCCGAAGUACAAGCCCAGAUUUGUCCAUACCCGGCAGACACGCUCCUUGUCGGUCGAAUUUGAAGGCAAAAUAUAUGACAUAAACCUGGAAGAAGAAGAACUGCAAGUCCUGCGACCGCGAAACAUCGCCAAGCGUCAUGGUGAAGGUCGCCAGGGGCCCAGAGGCCGCCAGGCCACCGGCGGCCGCGAUGGGGACGCGAUGCUGGCCGACAGCGGCAAUGCCGUGGGCCUGCCCGCCACCGUCCGAGUGACGCACAAAUGCUUUAUUCUCCCAAAUGAUACAAUCCAUUGUGAGAGAGAACUUUAUCAAUCAGCCAGAGCCUGGAAAGACCACAAGGCGUACAUUGAUAAAGAGAUUGAGGCUUUGCAAGAUAAAAUUAAGAAUUUAAGAGAGGUGAGAGGACAUCUAAAGAGAAGGAAACCUGAGGAGUGUGGCUGCAAUAAACAGAGGCACGAUUAUGAAGACUCACUUUUCAAACUUCUUGCCUGCAGCUAUUACAACAAAGAGAAAGGUGUGAAAAAGCAAGAGAAAUUAAAGAGCCACCUUCACCCAUUCAAAGAAGCCGCUCAAGAAGUAGACAGCAAACUGCAGCUUUUCAAGGAGAACCGCAGGAGGAAGAAAGAGAGGAAGAAGAAACGACAGCGGAAGGGUGAGGAGUGCAGCCUUCCUGGCCUCACCUGCUUCACGCAUGACAACAGCCACUGGCAGACGGCGCCGUUCUGGAACCUGGGCUCUUUCUGCGCUUGCACGAGUUCUAACAAUAACACCUACUGGUGUUUGCGGACAGUUAAUGACACGCACAAUUUUCUUUUCUGUGAGUUCGCCACUGGCUUUUUGGAGUAUUUUGAUAUGAAUACUGAUCCUUAUCAGCUCACAAAUACCGUGCACACAAUAGAACGGGGCGUUUUGAAUCAGCUACACAUGCAGCUGAUGGAACUCAGGAGCUGUCAAGGGUAUAAGCAGUGCAACCCAAGACCUAAGGGCCUAGAAGUUGGAAAUAAAGAUGGAGGAAGCUAUGACCUGCACAGAGGACAGUUAUGGGACGGAUGGGAAGGUUAGUCGGCCCGGUCUCGCUGCAGACGUCAACUGGCAAAAGGCCUGGAGGAUCGAUA